AUGAACAAAUGCGGCAGGAAAAAAUAUAUUAAGACAAAUUUAAGACAAAUGACCAUGGAAACAAUUGAAUCUCAACAGGAUGGAAGUGUAACAGAUUCUUUGACAGAGAGAGAAUCUGCAAAUAUGCAGGCCCAGACUGGCCAAAAUUCAAUCCCUAAUUUAGCUCAGGUAGCAACAAUCACAGAGACAGAUGAGUCUACAGAAUCAGAAGGUGUAAUUGAUUCUCAUAAACGCAGAGAAAUCCUUUCACGAAGACCCUCUUAUCGAAAAAUACUGAAUGAACUUUCCUCUGAUGUGCCUGGUGUUCCCAAGAUUGAAGAAGAAAAAUCAGAGGGAGAAGGAACACCACCUAACAUCGCUACCAUGGCAGUACCGACUAGCAUAUAUCAGACUAGCACGGGGCAAUACAAUGAGGAAACUGAACUUGCCCCAAGUCACAUGGCUGCUGCCACUGGUGACAUGCCAACUUACCAGAUUCGAGCGCCUACUACUGCUUUGCCACAGGGAGUAGUGAUGGCUGCCUCCCCAGGAAGUUUGCACAGCCCCCAGCAACUUGCAGAAGAAGCCACACGAAAACGAGAGCUGAGACUAAUGAAAAACAGGGAAGCUGCCCGGGAGUGUCGCAGGAAGAAGAAAGAAUAUGUCAAAUGUCUUGAAAAUCGUGUGGCUGUGCUUGAAAACCAAAACAAGACUCUCAUUGAGGAACUCAAGGCCCUUAAAGAUCUUUAUUGCCAUAAAGCAGAGUAA